AUGUCGACUUCUUUUAGAUUGCCCUACGGUUACAGAGCUGCGCCAGAGUGGCCUUCCCUGUAUUGGCCUUUUGGUCCCGGUUUCGAUCCGUUAAACCUCAUUGCAGACAUUCCCCACUCAUUAUACUAUCUUUCAGGUAUAUGGGCGUUUGUGAUGCUGGCCAAGUCCCGAACUUUAAAGUGGUACAUUUUGAUCACGAUACCUUUUAUAUUUGUACUGGGUGGAUCGGUGGCCUCCUUUGUGAUUGGUAGCAUUAUGGGUGUGGCGCUCGCAUUUGUAUAUAAUGCGGGGUUCUUUGUCAUGUCUACUUGGAUACCGUUUCUAUGGGCUUUGAUCCAUAUACUAAUCGUGCUUGUAGGCUCUUAUUCCACCAUCACUGCUAUUCUUUAA